AUGGAGUCUCGGACAGAAUUUAAAAUAAAAUCUCCUCCAACCGAUGCGAUUUCGGCGGUGGAGUUUGGACCAAAUUCAACGCAGUUUCUUCUUGUUUCAUCAUGGGAUAGUACAGUGCGGUUGUAUGAUAUUCAUGCAAAUACUAUGAGAUUAAAGUAUAAUCAUGAUUUGCCAGUUUUAGAUGUUGCAUUUCAGGAUGCUGUUCAUGCUUACAGUGGUGGACUAGGAAAUACAUUGAAGAUGUAUGAUAUUAAUAGUAAUACUGAGUCAGUGAUGGGGACACAUGAUAAACCAAUUAGGAAAAUUGAAUAUUGUGCUGCAGUAAAUGCAAUAUUAACUGGUGGAUGGGAUGCAGCAGUAAAACUUUGGGAUCCCAGAACACCAACUUGUGUAGGUAGUUAUUUACAACCUGAUGUCGUUCUUGCUUUGUCUGUGUGUGGAGAUAAGUUUGUAGUAGGUACAGCCAAACGGAAAGUUUGUAUUUGGGAUCUAAGAAAUAUGGCUGGUAUGUUUCAAAGACGUGAAAGCAGUUUGAAAUAUCAAACACGAUGUAUUAAAGGCUUUCCUAAUGAACAAGGAUAUGUUCUUAGUAGUAUAGAGGGUCGUGUUGCUGUUGAAUAUCUUGAUACAACACCAGAAGCACAGAAAAAGAAAUAUGCUUUUAAAUGUCAUAGGAUAAAGGAAAACAAUGUAGAACAUAUAUAUCCAGUGAAUGCUAUUAGCUUUCAUUCAACUUAUAAUACAUUUGCAACUGGUGGUUCGGAUGGUUAUGUGAAUAUUUGGGAUGGUUUUAACAAAAAGCGUUUAUGUCAGUUUCAUAGAUAUAAUUCCGGCGUUGCUGCUCUUAGUUUUAGUCAUGAUGGUUCUGUACUUGCGAUAGGAGUAUCAUAUUUGAAUGGAGCUGAAAUUCCACCAGGUGGAAAGGAUGAAAGAGAAAUUUAUAUCAGAUAUGUAAAUGACCAAGAAACUAAACCAAAAUAAUAUCGUAUUAUUGUACAAAAUUUUUUACAGACAAAAAUAGAUUAAAACUUUUUUAACU